AUGGACGUGGAGAAGGUGACGGAGGUGGCGCCGGAGGUCGACGACGACGGCCGUGUAAGAACAGGAACGGUAUGGACGGCGACGACGCACGCCAUAACGGCCAUCAUCGGGUCCGGCGUGCUGGCGCUGCCGUGGAGCGUGGCGCAGAUGGGGUGGAUCCUCGGCCCCAUCGCCCUCAUCGGCUGCGCCUACAUCACCUACUUCACCGCCGUCCUCCUGACUGACUGCUACCGCUCGCCGGACCCCGUCCACGGCAAACGCAACUACACCUACAUGGACGCCGUCCGCUCCAGCCUCGGGCCUAGGGACGUAGCUGUGUGCGGCAUUGCACAGUACGCGAUCCUCUGCGGCGCCAUAGUUGGUUACACCAUCACAGCUGCCACGGGCAUCAUGUCCGUGGUGCGCAGCAACUGCCGCCAUUACAAGGGCCACGGUGCGAACUGCAGCCAGGAAGGGACGAUGUACCUCGUGCUGUUCGGCCUCGUGGAGGUAGUGCUGUCCCAGUUACCGAGCCUGGAGAAGGUCACCUUCAUCUCGAUCGUCGCCGCCGUCAUGUCCUUCACCUAUUCGUUCGUCGCGCUCUUCCUCAGCGCCGCCAAGUUCGCGGCCAACCACAGGGCCUACGGCACCAUCCUCGGCAGUAAGAUCGGCGGCCCCGGCGGCGUGUCCGCGCCGACCAGGACGUGGAACUUCCUGCAGGCCCUCGGCAACAUCGCCUUCGCCUACACUUACUCCAUGCUUCUCAUUGAGAUCCAGGACACGGUGAAGUCGCCGCCGUCGGAGAACGUGACGAUGAAGAGGGCGAGCCUGUACGGCAUCGGCGUGACGACGGCCUUCUACGUGUCGCUCGGCUGCAUCGGGUACGCGGCCUUCGGCAACGACGCGCCGGGGAACAUCCUCACGGGCUUCGACGAGCCCUUCUGGCUCGUGGACCUGGCCAACGUCGCCGUCGUCAUCCACCUCGUCGGCGCCUACCAGGUGUACGCGCAGCCCGUGUUCGCGUGCUACGAGAAGUGGCUGCGGAGCCGGUACCCAGAGUCGGGCUUCUUCCACCGGGAGUACGCGCUGCGGCUGCCCGGAGGACGCGCGAUGCGGUUCACCAUGUGCAAGCUGGUGCUGCGCACGGCGUUCGUGGCCGCCACCACGAUCGUCUCGCUGAUGCUGCCUUUCUUCAACGCGAUUCUGGGGCUGCUCGGCGCCGCCGCGUUCUGGCCACUCACCGUCUACUUCCCGGUGACCAUGUACAUCACGCAGGCCAAGGUGCCGCGCGGCAGCCGCAAGUGGCUGGCGCUGCAGGCGCUCAACUUCGGCGCGCUCCUCGUGUCGCUGCUCGCCGCGGUGGGCUCCGUGGCCGACAUCGUCCAGCGCCUUGGGCACGUCACAAUGUUCAAGACCAAGCUGUGAUUGAUCGAUCGUUGGCCAGCUGAACGCUUCUGCUGUUCUGCAUAUUUGCUUCACUGUUCUGCUGCCCUGUUUGCUAGCUAGCUGUUGGGACGGUUUGGUCGUGUUAUUAUUGUGAGAGCUACGUUUGUUAGUGUGUAUGUUGAUUGUCAUGGUUAGGGUGGUCGUGUACCGAAGCGAUGGUUGGGUACU